AACAAACAGUCUGCAAAAACUUAAAGCGCUGCUUCUCUGAGGUCGUCUCUUACUGCAGGACUGGAGGUGUCCAGAAAUACAAAUUAGGAGAGACAGUUAUUUGCUUCACAAAAAAGGAGGAAUUUAAGAAUCAAAGGUCUACACAGGACAUCUUCAUCAUCUGCUGUGGCGUCCCCUGCAUCAGCAGCCAUGGUGCUGGAGGACAACGAGGGUGACUCUAUCUUUGAGCCCCAGAUCACAGAGGAGUUCGUAGAGACUCACUAUGGGAACGUCCACUGCAUCAUGACAGGAACUCCGAAGGCAAAUCUCCCUGCCAUCCUCACGUUCCAUGAUGUUGGACUAAACCACAAGUCCUGUUUCGAGAAGCUGUUCGAACACGAGGACAUGCAGGAAAUCAUCAAACAUUUGCCUGUUUGUCACGUUGAAGCACCAGGACAACAUGAGGGAGCCAAAACUCUGCAUAGUGGAUAUACCUACCCUUCCAUGGACCAGCUGUCUGAAGCACUGCCCGCUGUCAUCAAACACUUUGGGUUGCGAAGGGUGAUUGGACUGGGAGUUGGAGCUGGAGCCUACAUCCUGGCUAAAUUCGCUCUGAAUCACCCAGAACUGUUGGACGGACUGGUUUUGAUCAACAUCAACCCCAGCGCUGAAGGAAUAAUCGAUUCUGUUGCAAACAAGAUCACCGACUGGACUCACACUCUCCCGGACAAAGUCCUCUCACACUUGUUUGCAAAGGAUGAGAUCGAGAACAACCACGACCUCAUAGCUACGUACCGUCACCACAUCACAACGACGAUGAACCAGGAAAACGUCAGUCAGUUCUUCCGCUCCUACAACAGCCGCAACGCCCUGGAGGUGGAGAGGCCUGUUCCUGGAGGAACCAUCACUGUCAGGACCCUCAAGUGCUCCAGUCUGCUGAUUGUAGGAGAUAGUUCUCCAUAUGUGGAGGCCGUGGUCGACUGCAACUCUAAACUCAACCCCGUCAAGGCCACACUGCUAAAGAUGGCGGACUGUGGAGGACUUCCUCAGGUGGAUCAGCCAGCCAAAGUGAUUGAAGCCAUGAAAUAUUUCAUCCAGGGCAUGGGAUACAUGUCCAGUGCCGGCAUGACCAGACUCCGUUCACGGACGUCCUCCAGCUCCAGCAUGACGUCCAUGGAUGGCUCUCGGAGUCGUGCGCACACCAACGAGCUGCAGCGUGGAGAGGAGAAGCGAGGCCGCUCGCACACUGAUGUCUCCAUGGACAGUAUUUCACACAGCGGGGACAAAAUCACCUCAAAAUCCACUGAAAUGGCAUGCUAGAGCGCAUUCUGCACUAAAUUGGGUGCACUUAAAUCAAAUCAUACCUCAUUAUAUCUACCCAGACAGCUUCCCUCUGUCGUGCCCUUUCAUCUGCACUAUCUCUAGCUGAAAGGUCAAAGGUCGCACCUCCAUGUGACUUUGCUCUAUCCUUCUGUAUCCUCUGUACUCUUCCUAUUCCUUCAUGAAUUUAACCAUCCUUUCCUGCGUCUCUCUCGGUAUUUUUCUCUCCAUCCAACUGCUCUCCUCCUCUGAACUGUUACUGUAUAUGCCUCUAACUCUGUAUCUUUCUUUACUAUGAGUGUCUUUUCUAACUGUCCCCUUUCAUGCUCUUGUCUACUUUUCUUUCUUUUCUUCUCCUUAUUGAUCUUGUACCAGAGGUUCUUCCUCAUGCUCUGAAAUCAUGUGUUUAUGUAAAACGCAGAUGUGUUUUCAUGUAUAAUGUAAAGUAUAUAAUUAAAACGUAAAGAUGCAGUAUUUCCGAGCGUAAAAACUGGGUGCUCAUAACUAAUGUGUACAUUGAUUAUAUGCAACUGUGACAGCUGUGUGUUAUUAACUGCAAGAAU